UAAGGUCUGUUUCUCCAUACAGCUCUCAGUUUGAGUCACAUUUUUGAACUAAAUUCUCAUAAGCCAGCAUUAUUUAACUCUGGGACCGGCUCAGGUAUUUUAGUGGCCUCAGGUCUGGGAUCUUUGGGGGAAGUUUGUCUUUUUAAAUUCUUGUGUCUUAGACCACUAACUGUAGUGUAUUUGUGUUUCUGUGUGAUGUGUGCCAGAACCUGUUACCUUGUGAUACGAACUGGGUGUGGCUGGAGAUGAGUGUAUGAAAAAUAUAACAGAUAGCUGUGGGAGAGGAGUCUUAUACCAAAACAAAAAACCUAGGUCCCCCAGAAUCAACAUGUCCGGGACUGAGGAGGCGAUUCUUGGAGGCCGCGGAAGCCAUCCUGCUGGUGGUGACUCGGUGUUAUGCUUUGGACAGUGUCAGUACACAGCAGAAGAGUAUCAGGCCAUCCAGAAAGCUCUGAGGCAGAGGCUGGGUCCGGAAUACAUCAGCAGCCGAAUGGCUGGAGGAGGCCAGAGGGUAUGUUACAUUGAGGGUCACAGGGUAAUUAAUCUGGCCAAUGAGAUGUUUGGUUACAAUGGCUGGGCACACUCCAUCACACAGCAGAAUGUGGAUUUUGUUGACCUUAACAAUGGCAAAUUCUACGUGGGAGUCUGUGCGUUUGUGAGAGUUCAGUUGAAGGAUGGCUCCUAUCAUGAAGAUGUGGGCUAUGGGGUCAGUGAGGGCCUCAAGUCAAAAGCCUUGUCCCUGGAGAAGGCAAGGAAGGAGGCGGUGACAGAUGGGCUGAAGCGGGCGCUGAGAAGUUUUGGGAAUGCACUUGGAAAUUGUAUUCUUGACAAAGACUAUCUGAGGUCACUAAAUAAGCUUCCGCGCCAGUUGCCUAUUGAAGUGGAUUUAACUAAAGCCAAGAGACAAGAUUUUGAACCAUCUGUGGAAGAAGCAAGAUACAGCAGCUGCCGGCAGAACAGGACUCUGGGACGCCCCAAACCACAGGAGGUGACCUCCCCUUGCAAACCAAGCCGCUCAGAUGAUCCCCACGUUGUGAUCCAGGAAGACAAGGCCUGCAGCUCCCGAAGUCUGGCCUCGGCAGUGGAGAGCGAUGCCACGUACCAGCGGAAGCUCCGGCAGAAACAGCUGCAGCAGCAGUUCCGGGAGCAAAUGGAGAGACAGCAAGGUCACCUCUCUGCCCCGUCAGUGGACAAGAAGAAUCCGGCAGCACCGCCAGCACAUCCCGUGAAGCACAGCACCCCCGUGACUGCUGUUUCUGAACCACUCACGGAGAAAGACUUCCUCACAGACAGUCUUGCCAUGUGGGAUAUGGGCCCAGAUGCAGGGGACAGUGAUGUGAAGCCCUUGUCGAGGCCAGAACCACUCCAGACCUCUGUCACACCAGUCCUGAAGACCCAGAUGGUGACGUGGGACAGGACCCCACAGGACUUCUGCCACCAAGAUCCACAAGCAAAAUCUGGACCCUGGCACCUCCAGACUCACAACAGUAACCAAGAUAUAACAACAGGAAACUGUGAUUUCUAUGAGAAGAACCAAGACUUGAAGAAAAGGAAAUUGGAUCCAUCUUAACUGAGGUUCAGGUCCUAUUAUUGGACUUUGUCUCAAAAGGGACUUUGAGAAACUGCUUUUUGGCCAUAAAAUUCUUCGUCAUUCCUAGGGAAUGAGCUUUAUUUCCAAGGAUUUACCUUGCUUCAACUUGAACUUUACCUGAGUGUUGGGACGUACUGCAGGGACAGCGGAGCAGCCAGAAAGUAACGCAGCACUUUAAAAAGCUUGUCACACACUGCAGUGGGGCGACGCGAAGAUUAACUGCCUUCUCUUUGGCUCUUGAGGCUCUUCACUGCUACUCCUGAGCUCUUGCGUUAAUCAGGACAGACAUUUUCGGAUCCUCAGUGGCUACCUGCCUUCAGGCAACAUAAGCCAUCCUACAAAGCACGGACUUACUGCUGCCUACACGAAGUCAGUCAGGGUCUUCUUUCAACCUGAGGGCUCCGUGUUGUCCACACCACACUGCGCAUCCUGCUAAGAACAAAGGCUAGAGUGGGGUUUCGCUACUUUGCAGCCAUCCAGCCGCCAUCUCAUCUACAAUAAUCUCUCGUUUAUAGGUUUAUGACAUCACUAUCCUGCGUUUUUCUCCCCUUACCAAGGGAAUGAUCUAGGACCAAAGAAAAGGCAUUUUACGAAAGCAAAAUAAAUUCUUCACUUUGUAACAAAAAAUGUAAGUAGGUGUUUGUAUUUUUGCAUUUUAGCUGUGAGAUAUAAGCCACCUUCACAUAAAUGUUUUUUAUCGUAUAGUUUCAGAGGUUUCAUAAUUCUUCCCCCCAAAUGAUGAGUUUGUAAGUUUACUUUUUUAGUAAAAAAGUACCUUGGGCUGUACCUUUUAUCUGAUCUUCAUGUUGUGGCUCUUAUGAAGUUUUGGAUCACACAGCCAAAGAUGAAGAUGUAGCUUCUACCCUGAUUUUCCUCGUGACCUUAUUACCUCAUUAUAUGGAUUUGGUCAUAUGUUCAUCUUUUGAUUUUGACACCCUUACCAUUUUCGUCAGAAAAAAACUCCUCCUUUUCUGAAGCAUAAUCUUAGUUUAGUUCAGGACUGCUAACGAGGUCCUGGAGUUAGGAAUCCAGUUAUAUCGAGUGUACGCAACUCACAAGUGAGCUAAUGAGAUGACGAAAAAGGGAUUUGCUGGAAAUGAAGCCCCACAGCUCAACAAAAGCAAGUUUGGUUUAUUUUAAUGGUUUCAUUAAAUAAGUCUACAAAGGUAACAAACUGAAGCACAAAGCGCAAUCUUACAAGAAGCGCAACACCCAGAGUUAGUGCAAAAUGUACAAUUAACGGCUGCUGAGAAACCCCCAAGGUUGAAUUUAGUUUAUUUGUUUUUUUAAACAGUGUACAUUGUUAAAUAAUGUAAGGAAAACAUUUAUAAUUCAGGAAGAUUUUUGUAAUGUGGAAAAAGAUACUCAAAGUGUACUAUUAACACAAAAAUAAUUUAAACAGUUCAGUAGCGCUAGUUCAUUCCUCUAGGCUUCAGUUACUUCAUCCACAGGAGGGAAGAAAAAUCAACAGUAAUUAAAACCAGUUCUUGCUUUUUGUGUGUAAGAUUUUACACACAAAAAUUUGGUAAGAGAUCUCAAAAUUAAACCAAAAAUAACAAAAAAUAACGUGCUGCACAUGGUUCCCUCGUUCCUCUGGGAGAAAGUACAGUUUCAUUCAUCUUAGGUGGUCUGUUUCUCAUGUACUUGGCACCUUCUUUGUUCUAGUCUUAGUCUUACCGUCUCCAUAAGAAUCUUAAGCAGAGAAUAAACAAGUAAACAGCCCUGAA